CUCACGCUGCCCUGCGUGCCACGGGACGCCCCCGCAGCCGCUGCUCCCGCGCUGCGGCCCUGCUGUGCUGCUCCCCCAGCCCUCGGCAGCCGUCGAGCAGCCACCACUCGGCAGUGACCGAGCUAACCAUGUCUUUAAAUUCGUCUACGCUUUUCAAUGAAGAAAACCCUCAAGGACCAAAACAAAAUACAGAACGUUUGGGAAGUCUAGAAUUGCAGACUCCAUCAUCGUUUCAAGAUAACCCACUUCAACAAUUACAGUUAGCAUCACAGGAAGUACUCGAAAAGGCAAAAAAGAGUGGGAGAUCAAAAUGCCCCCGAUGCAGUAGUUCAAGGAUGUUUUAUUGUUAUACGUGCUUUGUUCCUGUUGAAACUGUCCCUACCAAAGAAAUUCCGACUGUGAAGUUACCUUUGAAGAUUGACAUUAUUAAACACCCAAAUGAAACAGAUGGCAAAAGCACUGCUGUGCAUGCUAAGCUCCUGGCACCUGAUGAUGUUACAAUUUAUAAAUACCCUUGCAUUCCAGGAUAUGAAGAAAAAAGGCAUGAAAUAGCACUUAUAUUUCCUGGCCCCAAUUCAGUUUCAGUAAAAGAUAUUGUUUUCCAUCUCCAAAAGUACGCUAAGAAAGGUGUUGGUGAUGAUGAUGAUGACUGGUCCAGAGAGCCACUUUUUAAGCAAGCAAAAUUAGAAUCUAAAGAAGAAGAAAAAAAUCUAAAUGAAUGCAUCUCAAGCAACAGGAACGAAGGCACUAGUCUGAAGAAAAUAAUAUUUAUUGACAGUACCUGGAAUCAGACUAACAAAAUAAUAACUGAUGAACGACUUCAAGGGUUGCUGCAAAUUGAGUUGAAGACAAGGAAGACUUGCUUUUGGCGCCAUCAGAAGGGAAAGCCAGAUACAUACCUUUCCACAAUAGAAGCAAUUUAUUAUUUCCUUGUGGACUAUCAUCAGGAGAUUUUGAAAGAGAACUACAAAGGACAAUAUGAUAAUCUGCUUUUUUUCUUUUCAUUUAUGUACACAUUGAUUAAAAAUGCCAAGUGUUGUGCAGGAAAAGAGUAAGAUGUCUGUCUAUAGGUCAUACUUCAGAUUUGUAUGCUUAUCUGCUCAAGUGAACACAUAAAAACGCAUUUCAGUGGACAACUAAAACAUCUCGAUUUGCAAAAGGAAAUGCUAGUUAAGAUACGUGAGUGCACGUGAAGCAUGCGUGAACUACAACGGCACCACGAGAAACGCAGGCUUGAAGUCAGAAUGAGAAAGAUUGUUCUUAAAUAUACAUAUAUAGUGGCACAGAUGUUAAGUGUAUUGUGAGUUCAUGUUCCAGGCAAUGAGAAAAAUCAGCAGUCAUGUCUCAGUGAUAUUGAAACAACAGAUUUCUUAUUCAUUUGGUUCUUAUUGCUAUUGAGAGGUUAUUUCGGCUUUUUACAAUGAUUAAUGCUAUUUCCUUUGGUAUGAAUUUUGAUAGUCUUUUGACAUUUCCGUCUGUUCUUGUAUUUCUUAAACAAAGAUUGCUGUAAUAUUUAACAAAAAAAUCACACAAGUAUAAUAGCUUGAGAAGGAAACUUUCACCCACUUUAAAUAAGCAAAAAUAAAAUGAACCCACUGACCUAAUGUUUUACAAGAACCAGAGAGAAAAAUCAGGGGGGAAGGGUUACUUCCAAGACAGAUUUCCCUGAAAACAUGUUUUUUUAUUUAAGAAGCAGAGGUCAGAUAAAAGCUUAUAUAAACUGUUCUUUGUUACUUUUGGAAAAUACUUUCAUAAGGUUAAAAACAGUUUCCAAAUUUAAGCUUUGUGUACCUCACUUUAUUUGAGCAAUGGGAAUUAGGUAUCUAUUCCAAAAGUAAUUUUAAUUCUCAGGUGAAAUCAAUGUACAGAAAAGAUUUUAAAUCUGGACACUCUGUCCAGGCAUUGGGUUCAGAUUCUUUUUCUUCCAGUGUAACCUCAGUGUAAUGCAAGAGUCAUUCUUAUACCAAGUGACAGAGGCACAUCUAAUAUCUGUAAUUAGUCAUGCUCUGUUGAUAUUCCUAUGAUAACCUUUUAUGAGGGCAGGAAGGAGGUUAUUGUCGCUUCUGCUGCAAAUCUGUUCUAUCUGAGCAGCAGAUGCAGUUCCCCCUUCUCUCCCAUAUCCUGCUCUCCCCUCUGUAAAUACAUUUAAAUCCUCUACUUUAUUUCAGUACUGGUAUAAGAAGCCAAACCAACGAAAUCACCCACCUCACACUGAAAAGGUCUCAAUACGGCUGAUACAUUUUUCCAGCUUUGAGACAUUGCGUUCUACCAAAUGAAAGCGAUCAAGUGGUUAAUCCUUUCAAAUGCAAUUAGCAGCACUGGCCUCCCUGUUCUUUAAAAUGAGGGUCACGGGGAGGUAAAGGCCAGUUCUGGGCCCUUUCUUUCAUAUCAGAGUACCCCUUCACUAACUAUGUCUUCUGUUUCCAAAAACAUCAGAGAGAGCAAGGGGGAAAACAGGCUUCUAUUUCCAUUAGCAGUAACUUAAACAGCCAUAAGUUAAAGGGGGAGGAAAAGGAAGAGCAUCUCUAUCUAUCUCCUUUCUCAACAGAAGACAUCUGGCCUCCUGUGGGGAGGUCACAGAUAACAAAGAACCUGUCAUUACAAACCUCCAAGAUGUGUUCAGAGAACCAUUUUACCUGCAGUCUGGCUCAUUCAUUUCCUGCCACUGAAGCCAUCUGCUUUUGCUUAUUGUGGGUAUUUUCAUUCUUUGUUUGGCCAGGAGUGUGAAGUGGCUUCACUUUAACAUGUUUGUAUGCUUGCUCAGAGGGAGGAUUUAAUCCCUUUCUCAAAAUGAAUAGGAGAGGGAGCUGCAAAAAACAAUUCUUUUUGUGGAAGGUAGCAUAAAAGUCAUCCAAGCCUAGGUUGAAUAAAGGGUCAUGUCAGUGAACGGGGUAAAGACAUGUUGAGAUUGAAAAGAGGUGGCAGCUUGGAAUCUGCAGCAGAAUCUUCCAAAGCACUUGUAUUCUCACCCCAUUUAAAUCCUUUGCUACUGCUUUUUGCAAUUUUUUUUCAGUUUGAGUCCAUCUGGUUUUCCACAUAGGCUUCUUCAUCCCCAAUGGUGGAGUAAUGUAGUGAUCUGUUCUUGCUUUUCUCUUGCACUAAGUUUCAGUAUAUUGCCUGAAUGCUUUAAAAAUCAGUCUGUCUCCAUAAAUGGUGGUCUUAGCAUACUUACGUAAGAUGAAACAUAAUAUGAUAAUUCCUAUCUUUGAAAAUACCAAAAUAAGGAGGGAGGGAAACUUCCUGUUAGUUUCCCAUAAUUUACUAUAAUGCUGUUAUAACACGCUCCCAGGUACCACUGACUUGUGUUUCAAAGUAUUCCAAAAACCUGUGCAUCAGCUGAAUUCAUCUAACUUCUUUUGCAACACAAAACAGUGACUGCAGCAAUGUUAAAACAGGAAAGCUUUCCCACUAAGAUGAAAAGAGCAUGUGGCAGUAAGACGCUCAUCUAUUGACACCAGAAUAUGAGGUCACCUACUGAGGUACUGAACAAUUCAAUGUAAUUCUGAACUGUUAUCCCUUGUCUUGAGAGACACUAUUUUAGUAAAAUUCCAGUGCUCUCACUAGUAAGAAUGUUCAUUUUGACUGGCAACACUUAGUCAUACCAACAUUCAAAGUAAGUGUUUAUAUGAAAAAUUUACGACAUUCUUCUUGUUCCCUGGUUGGGAGAGAUAACACAUUGCUGCCUUUUUAUGGAUUCUGAAGAGAAAUCAGAUGCUGUAGAAUUUUGAAAGCAGUGUAUCACAUUAAACUUUAAAAACACUCAUAGUGGUGUGGUUUAUUUACCACUAACUGCCAGAAAAAAAGUCAAAUAGUUCUUGAGUCCCACUGCAAGAGGUGGGAACUACUUCUCUAAUGCAAAGCAUACUUUGUAUUUUUGCCUCAGUGAAAACUGACAUUUUUGUCUAACUUUAGCAAUACUGGUGCUGUUAUCACAUUCAAAUCAACUAUGAUUUUACCGCUGACUUUUCAGACUGCGGGUGUUGCAAUAGGAUGUUUAGAAACAUACCACGGAAGAGUGAACAGAAGAGAAUGCUCCACACCAGUAUACCCAAGAUCGAGUCCUACUCGACCUAUGAGCCUGUGCGCUUCACUUCCCUUACCUGUAAAGUUAAUUUCUGCCUCUGAGUAACAUGUCCCUACACAGGAAGCUUUGUCCAUGAACCAGUUGAACUCAGUAUGAAAUCUAAAGGCUAAGUAUUAUUACUUCAAAUGCUCUGAGUAUAAUUUCUGCUUUUCCAACAACAGGGAUAGGAGAGCUAUACAAAAGUAUGUGUACAUAUACCUGUCUCCUAGCGAUGAAUGCAUUAGGACAUGAGCCAAAGAUUUUCUCGUGUGCUGUUUCUGUCUUAGGGAAUGUAAAGACAAAGAAAAUCAAAGUGUGAUAUCAGAGUUUACUAAAUUAAAGAAUAAGCUGUUAAAUGUACAGAGCAAAUGUAUACUUUCGAUAUAGACAUAUAGCUGAGCCUGUUAAUGUACACAGAUGAGUAGUUUGACUAGGAAUUCAUUUGUUAAGUUUGGGUGCACUAUCCAGCACAAGUGCUGGAUUAUCCCUCCAAACAAUACACUGGAAAAACAAAUAAUAUUUUAUACCUUUUCACUGUUCCGAGUGUAGCGUAGCUCCCACUGUUUUCUCGUAAAGUAUCAUGUUUUCUUUGCAUCUCCAAGCAGCGCUGAAGUAUUACAUUUGUGAAAAAAAAAAGUUAAGCACAUCCAUCCAGGCUUAACAGGGCAUGCCAAAAGAGGCCAAAGGGGUAAACGGGUUAUUUCAAAACAAUUAAAAGAGUAAAACCGCAAAUAAAAAUCAAGAGUGUUGAACUCCUCAGAAAUUCUGGCUCACCUGCACAGAGGAAAUGCCAUGGAUCAUGCCCUGCCAUUUGUUUAGCAGAGAAGAGGAGAAAGGAGCAAGAGUGCACCCACCCUGGUGCGAAGGAGAAUGCGUUUGCCUCAAGUAAUUGCAUGCAUGGUCACCAACCGUGAACAUGCAUGUCUAUGGCCCUUGAUAGAAAAUUCUUAUUAUAUAUAAUGCAAUAUGAUGGUUUUUUUGCUGUCUUUUGAUUAUUUACUGGAGAAUAAAAUAAACCAGAGUUAG